UCUCAUCUGUCCCCCCUUUUGUGUAGCUACCCGAAUAAAUUAGCAACCCAAGUCGCUGAAGGGAGGAGGAGGGGGAGGAGAGUAGGGGGGCUGGGCCUUGUGGCGGAGGAGUCGGCUUUCAGUCGGUGAGGUGCACGGUGCCCUGAAGCGGCUCUGUCUCAGCGCAUACUAACACACGCCGAGUCUGAGUGACUGGAUGCUGAUGGGGAAAAAAAGAGGAGAGAAACGUUUAAGAUCAGCGAAAGAGCGGGCAGAGCACUGCGGAGCCACAGACGGAUCCUUUCUUCUGCAGACAGCGAAGGAACCGGAGAGAUUCACAGCUGAUCUGAACGCGCUCACCUGACACGGGGACCAAAAAAAGACCCUUCACUGGAGGAAUAACAUAUCCUACCCGUCUAUUGGAUUAGACCAUCCGUGGAACUGUCAUUUUUUGUGUGGAUAUUAUGUAAAAAGAAAAAAAUAAGCCCAGUCCAGCUGGCCAGAGAGGCUCCAUUCAAGAUUUUUGUCCUGGUGGAUUGUGUGUCGAAAGGGGGAAUUGGAAACCCGUUUGCAUACUAAUCAGUUUUGGAGAGGAGAUCCAGAGCAAACAUCCAGAGCUGUGGAGUGGGUCAGAUGAAUGUGUAGCAGAGCCCAGCCAUGACGAUAACCAGUAAAGGGUCAAGACGGAGGGUUUGGGUCAGCGGACCUUGUUUGUGUUCCUGGCGAGGAACGCAAGUCUUUUAUUUAUGCAUGGUCCUUGUUCUUGUUCAGUCUACAACUGUCUUCGGAGCACUGGAGCUCCAGCUGGAUGAAGAGCAGCCGGCAGGGACCAUCGUUGGUGAUAUCAGCGCUGGGUUACCACCUGGUGAAAUCGGAGGUCUUUACUUCAUCUCGGACCAUGAGAGCACAGGCGUCAGCAAUGAUCUCAACAUCGAUGAAAACACAGGCAUCAUUACCACUGCACAACGUCUGGAUCGUGAGCAGAGAGACCACUAUAGCUUCAUCGCUGUCACAAUGACAGGAGUCACUAUUGAGGUGUCGAUCACCGUUAACGACAUCAACGACCAUGCACCUGUGUUCCCCAAAAAGAAAGCCGUUCUUAAAAUUCCCGAGCACACAGCAGUUGGCACAAGGUUUUCCCUGGAGCCUGCAACAGAUGCGGAUAAGGACCAGCUGACCACUCAAGGCUACGCUAUACGAGAGGGUAAUGUAGGCCAAGCCUUUAGACUGGAGACCAAGAGAGCUGCUAACAAGGUGUUGUAUCUGGAUCUCGUAGUCAAUGGUCUUCUGGACAGGGAGAAGCGCUCAUUAUACACCUUGGUCGUUGAGGCCUUUGAUGGGGGCUCAACAAAAAGGAUGGGAUCCAUGACCCUAGACGUCACUGUGACGGACAUCAACGAUCACGCGCCACUCUUCAAUCAGAGCAGAUACCAUGCUAUUAUCUCGGAAAGUCUCCCACAAGGCAGCAGCAUCCUACAGGUGUUUGCAACAGAUGAGGACGAAGGUGAUAAUGGUCUUGUCCUUUAUGAAAUCAACCGGCGUCAGAGUGACCCUGAUCGCUCCUUUGUCAUGGAUAUCAAGUCAGGGGUCAUCACUUUGAAUAGGCCCCUGGAUUAUGAACUGAAGAGGGUUCAUGAACUGGUGGUCCAGGCCAGGGAUAACGCCAGCCAACCUGAGGUUACCAAUGCAUUUGUGACCAUUCAUGUCCGUGACUUCAAUGACAACCAGCCAACCAUGACCAUCAUCUUUCUGAGUGAGGACGGCUCACCAAGGAUCUCUGAAGGGGCCCAACCAGGCCAGUACGUAGCUCGGAUUUCUGUCACAGACCCCGACUAUGGAGAGUACGCUAAUGUGAAUGUAUCUCUUGAGGGGGGUGAUGGGAAGUUUGCCCUCACAACCAAGGACAGCAUCAUCUACCUGAUAUAUGUUGACCAGGUCUUGGACAGAGAGGAACGGGAUUCGUAUGACCUGAGGGUUAUGGCCACAGACUCCGGCACGCCUCCCCUCAGAGCAGAGUCAUCUUUCACAAUUCAGGUGAUUGAUGUGAAUGACAACCCCCCUCUGUUUGACCAGCAGGCCUACAGACAGACUAUCCCUGAGGUUGUCUAUCCUGGCUCCUUUGUUCUCCAAGUUACUGCCAGGGACAAGGACCAGGGCCCCAAUGGGGACGUACGAUAUAGCCUCCUCAAGGGCAAAAACUCUCACUCUGAUUGGUUUUCCAUUGACCCGGUCACAGGGAUCAUUACCACAGCGACAGCCCUAGAUUUCGAAUCAGAGCCAGCACCUAGCGUAACUGUGGUAGCAAUGGAUGGAGGCCGCCCGCCAUUGUCUUCCACAGCCAAGGUGGACAUUGUGCUCCAGGAUGUUAACGAUAACACACCUGUGUUCUCCAGCAACUUCUACAAUGCCUCCAUAAAGGAGAACACGCCAGCUGGGACCUGUUUCUUGGAGGUGUCGGCCACAGAUGAGGACCGUGGUUCCUUUGGCGCGAUAUCUUACGUCCUGGGUUCUGGCUCUGGAAGUGCAACACCAACCCACUUUACCAUCAACAAGGAGACUGGCCAGAUUUGCACCAGCACAGCUCUGGAUCGUGAUGAGGGACUGGAAAAGUUUGACCUGACCGUCACUGCAACGGAUGGAGGUGGCUUGAGUUCGGUUGCACGUGUACGGGUCACGGUGUUGGACAUCAAUGACAACCGGCCCACUUUCUAUCCAGUCCUCUACACAGUCAGUCUCAGCACCCAUAGCGCCCCUGGAACAUCUGUCGUCAAGGUGACAGCAAAUGACCCAGAUGCUAGGGAAAAUGGCCGGGUGACCUAUCGCACGGUACCUGGAGGAGGCUCUAAUUUCUUCACUCUCAACAAGGAUACAGGUGUGAUUUCUCUUUCACGCUCGCUCCACGGUAAAGCCAACACGGUGAUCUCCCUGGUGAUAUCAGCUGAGGACGGCGGUGGUUUGACGGCACCGGUAAAUGCCAGGGUGAACGUGAGUGUGGUGGGAGGUUCCGUGGCGUCUCCCGUGUUUGACCAGGCCCAGUAUUUCUUCACCGUGUCAGAGGACGUUCUCAGGGGGACAGCGGUGGGAGUGGUCCGAGCUGCAACAAAGACAGGUGUUUCAAAGGAUAUCUUCUACUCCAUCUCCUCUGGGGACCCUGAUGGUUACUUUACAGUGGACCGUGCCUCUGGUACCAUCCGCUCUGCUCUUCCUCUGGACCAUGAGACCUGUUCCAGCCUCGACCUGGAGAUCCAGGCCCGCUCCGGCUCUCCUCCAGCGUAUGGAACCAGUCGGGUACGAAUAACCAUUUCAGACGUCAAUGACAACGCCCCGACCUUCCUCCCCUCCUCAUCAGAGUCCCUGAGUUUACCUGAGAUCACCAAAAUGGGAACUGUUAUCUACAGCAUUCAGGCCACCGACAAGGACUCGGGUCAUAACGGUCAGCUGAGCUUCGACCUGGUCUCUGCUGGGUCUGCAGGCAGCAGCGGACAGAGGACGUUUGGUGUUGACCGAGGCAGCGGAGAGGUGCGUCUGAUUGGUAGUCUGUCAUACGAAAGUGUGCCACGCUAUGACCUGCAGGUGGUUGCCAAGGAUGGUGGAGCGCCUCAGCUUAGCUCCACUUUCACCCUCGUGGUCCACAUCCAAGCGCAGGAUGCACAAGGCCCACAUUUCGACACGCUGACAUACCGUGUGGAGUUAAGGGAAAACACAGCUCUCAACACACGCUUCCUCCAGGUUCGAGCGCUCAACAGAGAGGCAUCAGGGAAUGGUAAAAGCUCCUCUUCAUCUUCUUCCUUCUCUAUUUCCUACCGCCUGAGGCCUGACGGUGAUGCUGCCGGUUUUGGCAUCAUGCCAGACAGUGGGUGGCUGUUUGUUCGCAGCUCUCUGGACAGAGAGGUCAAAGACAUGUACCUGUUGACUGUCCUGGCCACUUCAGGCCCCGGAGGAGUGGGGAGAACCGGCAGUGCAACAGUCAGGGUGUCUGUAACCGACGAGAACGACAAUUCACCAAGACUGAGCCAGGAGAGGGUGUUCCUGGCUGUCAGAGAGAACCUGCUCGCAGGGACCGGCUUUGGCAGGGUGUCUGCAACGGACAGAGAUGCAGGGCUAAACGCUCGACUCACCUACAGGCUGCUGCACACCGACAGGCACUUUCAGAUCAAUUCACAAACAGGUGAGAUAAGCACCCGCCUCGCCCUGGACAGAGAACAGCAGUCCAGCUACCAGCUCGUUGUAGUCGUACAGGACGGAGGAACUCCGCCUCGCAGUGCCACCGGCACCGCUCACAUCUCUGUGCUGGACGAAAACGACCACGCCCCCAGUUUCAAUCACGCAAGGCCAGACAGGGAGCUGCUCCAUCAGGUGAAGGAGGGGCUUCCAUCUGGGACUUUCAUUGGGACAGUGACGGCUAAAGACCCAGACGAGGGAGAGAAUGGGACCAUAUAUUACUCUUUAUUAGGCUCCAGAGCAGAGCGGUUCUCCCUCAACCCGAAUAGUGGCGAGCUUAAAAGCGCUUCCCCUCUGAGAUGGGCCGAGCGAGCGGAGUACGAGUUUACUGUGACCGCUGCUGACCACGGCACCCCCGGCCUCAGCUCCACCUGCCAGCUUAGAAUACAGGUACAUAUAAUCUACGUCAUGCCUCAGGCUGUGAAGUGUGUGUCAGAGACUUCAGAGGAAGAGGAAGAUGAGAGGGUCAAGUGCGUCGAGAGAGAUCAGUCCUUCCUCACGUUGCCUUUCUGGAUCAGCCACUUCCUGUUUAUUGUUGCCCUGAAGUGUUGUGCCAUGAAGAUAACAGGGCUGUGA